AUGGCAGCUCCGGGAUCAGACCCAGAUACUGGAAAUGAAGCAAUACUCGAAAAAACCCUUGCGGAAUCGAGUUUCAAUUGCGGUGACUUGACGUCAGCCCUGAAUCACGCGCGGAAAGCCCUGAGCUUGUCUCCGAACACGGAAGGUGUAUCCUCCAUGGCCACCGCCUUCGAGAUCAUCAGCUCCGCCGCCGGCGGAGAUAAGCCAGAAUGGUACAAGAUUCUAAAGGUAGAGCCUUUCUCUCACCUCAACACCAUAAAACAACAGUAUAGGAAGCUAGCUUUGGUGCUGCAUCCUGAUAAGAAUCCGUACGCGGGGUGCGAGGAGGGAUUCAAGCUUGUGAAUGAGGCUUUUAAGGUCUUCUCUGAUAAAGUUAGGAGAACUGAGUAUGAUAUGAAGUUGAGGAUUAAGAUUCAGGGAGAGAUGGGUAGUGAUGGUGGUGGUGAUGAAACGUCGACGUUUUCUACUGUUUGCUCGGGUUGUGGUUCGGUGCAUAACUUUGAUAGGAAGUAUUUGGGGCACAGUUUGAUGUGUCCUAGUUGCAGGAAGAGUUUUGAGGCAAAGGAAGCUGAGAAGGAAGAAGAAGUGGGUAGAGAUGGAAGUGAGAAUGGAGAAUGUAGUUCCAAGGUCAUCAUAACAUAUAGUAGGAGGAAGAAGCGUGUUGGUGAGGAUGGUGAAAGUCUGAGAAGAGCGAGUGAGAUUGGGGAGAUGAGAGAGGAAGGAGCAGAAAGUUUAAAUGCAUCUCUCAUGGAUGAAGAAGAUGAAGGGAUGAUGACUUUAGCAGAAAUGCAAUCAGUGAUAAAGAGAAAUAAACCCAAGGUGAAGCGGAAGAUCACUGAGAUAUCUUCCGGUGAUGAUGUCUCCAUGACUGAAACUUUGAUGGAGGUGAGUGCUGCUAACAAAGUGAAUGGAAAACGAGAAGCUAAGAAUACAAAGAAGAAGAAGGCAACGAACUACAAGGAGGUGACGGAGAUUGUUGAUUUAGACUAUUUGCCACGGGUUGAUAGGAAGAGGGAUCGUGGUAAGAUGAGCCAAGAAAUGUACAAGGAAGAAGAGGGUUUCGACGAAUUGUAUGAUUUUGAUAAGGACAGGACGCCGAGGAACUUCAAGAAAGGACAGGUUUGGGCGGUGUAUGAUGGCCGUGAUGACAAAAUGCCUCGGAGUUACUGUUUGGUGAGUGAAGUCGUCUCUUCGAACCCAUUUAAGGUAUGGAUCAGCUGGUUGGAUUUUGAGAGCGAGAAGCUGAGUUCUUGGAUGAAUUCUCAUAUGCCUUGUGGGAGGUUCCGGGUUUCAGAGAAGGUUUUGAUCGAACAAGUGAAACCAUUCUCUCACGUUGUCGACUGCGAAAGAGCUGCACGAGAAGUAUACCAAAUAUAUCCAAGGAAAGGCUCGGUCUGGGCUGUCUACUCGGAGACAAGUUCAGGUGUUCAGAGAAGAAAGACCAGACGGUAUGAGAUCGUUGUGUGUUUGACCAUGUUCAGCGAUGCGUAUGGCUUGAGUGUGGCUUAUUUGGAGAAGGUUAACGAGUGUAGCGACUUGUUCAAGAGACGGGAUUACGGGUAUAAUGCGGUCAGGUGGGUGGAGAAAGACGAUGUUGCGGCCUUGCUCUCUCAUCAGAUUCUGGCCAAGAAGCUGCUGGAAGAUGAAUCUGGAGCUGGUCUGAAAGAAUCUUGGGUGCUUGAUCUUGCUUCUGUUCCUACUGAUUUGGUUUCUUCUGCCACUUAG